CAACCCAAUUAAGGUGGACUCCAGUGCGCUCCAGUACAUCUUCAUCUAGCCGGAUCGACGUUGAGACAACAGGAACCAGAGGGGCUUUGGCCAAAAAAAAGAAGGAGAGAUUGCGCUUGCCUUCUGAUUUCUCCCCUCUCCAGCCCCAGAAGAACAAUGUCGAUGAGCCCUAAGCAUACGACUCCUUUUUCUGUUUCCGAUAUCCUGAGUCCCCUUGAGGAGAGCUAUAAGAAAGUAAGUAUGGAGAACAACAACUUGGGGGCGCCGCUCACUUCGUACCGGCAGCCUCAGGUCUCUCAGGCGGCCAUGCAGCAGCACCACAUGGGCCACAACGGGAGUGUGUCCGCAUACCACAUGACCGCCGCGGGGGUCUCCCAGCUCUCGCACUCGGCCAUGGGCGGCUACUGUAACGGCAACCUGGGCAACAUGAGCGACCUGCAGUCGUACCAGGACGGCAUGCGGAGCGGUGCCACGGCCACCGGCUGGUACGGGGCAAACCCCGACCCGCGCUUCUCCACCAUUUCCCGCUUCAUGGGGUCCUCCUCGGGAAUGAACAUGGGCAGCAUGGGCAGCCUGAGCUCCCUGGCGGACGUCGGGAAGGGCCUGGGUCCGCUGUCGAGCACCCCGCGGCGGAAGAGACGCGUGCUGUUCUCGCAGGCGCAGGUGUACGAGCUGGAGCGGCGCUUCAAACAGCAGAAGUACCUGUCGGCGCCGGAGCGGGAGCACCUGGCCAGCAUGAUCCACCUCACGCCGACCCAGGUGAAAAUAUGGUUCCAAAAUCACCGGUACAAGAUGAAGCGCCAAGCUAAGGACAAAGUGUCGCAGCAACAGAUGCAGCAGGAGAACGGCUCGUGUCAGCAGCAGCAGCAGUCCCCGCGGCGCGUGGCCGUGCCAGUGUUGGUGAAGGACGGCAAGCCGUGUCAAGGUAGCGGUCACCCUCCCACGGCCUCCGGACAGAGCCUCCACCAGCAGGGCUCCAACAUCAUGAUCAUGUCCAAUAACAGCGGUGGGCUCGGGCCGCACCAGGGCCAGCAGGGGGGUAGCACGGACCACUCGCCCGACCUCGUGCAACACAGUCCGCCCUCCCUGCAGAGCCAGGUGGCCGGCCUGUCUCACCUCAACCCCUCGGGAGGGGAGUACGGGACCGCUUUGCAGUGUUCCGCCCUGCUUUACGGCAGGACGUGGUGAUGAGACUGCAUCACUGUCCAACAAGCCUGUGGAAAAACGACUUAGAGGCAAGACUCGACACAUUAACUGUACAUUUAUAUAAUGACGGCCGAGUGAAUUGGUCCGUCUGGUGGUGUCUUAUGGCGUUUCACGUUUAAAGAGACCGAGACUGUUGUGAAGUAUAGGCCGACCAGGAAGGGCGGACGAAAACACAGCACCAACUUUUGAUUACUAACCGCGGACGUGUGAAUCCACUUUUGGGAAUUAUUUAUCUAACUUAUGCUGAAAAAAACGAAGACUCGGCUCCAAUAGACCGUAGCUGCUCUGGUUUGGUGAAACCUACAGGAACACUUACACGGGCCUGGUAGCCUACGGUGCUACAGCACCUAUCACCGCCCCCCCCCCCCCCCCCCCCCCGUCUACACACAGGGGGGCUGUUUAUAAUAGACUUUAAUGUAAUCCGUAGAUCUGUAUAAUUCUGUAAAAGGUUUCGAUAGGAUAUAUAGUUUUAGCUAUCUGUUGUAUAAAGUUUUUGACGCUAUUGCAAAUUUGUUGUCGUUCCAUUGGUAUUUGUACGUUUAAUUUCUAUGUAACUUAUAUAGACAUUUGACUUAAUACAA